AAGUAAAACCCCAAUCCUGCAAUAAACCCUCGCCUCCCUUUCCCUCCACGGAUGUCGACUUUCUCCUCAUCUUCGACCCUCUUCUCCCCCAAAGCCCCCCCUCUUGCUAGAAUUUCGGACCUCACAAGGGUUCAUUUUUUGUCCAAAAAUACGUCGUUUCGGAGGAAUUUCGUCGUAAGGGCGGGCCCGAAAAGGAUAAGUUUCGACAAGGAUUGCAGAAGGGCGUUGGUCGCCGGGAUCGAUAAGCUCGCCGAUGCUGUUUCUGUUACCUUGGGACCCAGAGGGCGUAAUGUUGUUCUUGAUGAGUCAGAAGUUCCAAAAGUAAUAAAUGAUGGCGUCACAAUUGCUCGGGCCAUUGAACUUUCGGAUGGAAUUGAAAAUGCUGGUGCCAUGUUAAUCCAAGAGGUGGCAUGCAAGACUAAUGACUCUGCUGGUGAUGGCACCACAACAGCAAUUGUUUUGGCUCGAGAAAUCAUCAAGUUGGGCAUGUUGGCCGUGGUGUCUGGGGCUAACCCAGUUUCUUUAAAGAAAGGUAUUGAUAAAACAGUUCAUGAACUUAUCCAAGUUUUGAGGAGUAAAUGCAUUGCUAUAAAUGGAAGGGAGGAUAUAAAAGCUGUAGCUGCAAUAUCUGCUGGAAAUGAUGACUUCAUCGGAGAUAUUAUGGCCACUGCUAUAGGAAAAAUUGGUCCUGAUGGAGUAAUUUUAAUCGAGUCAUCAACAUCUUUUGAUACGACUAUCGAAGUUCAGGAAGGAAUGAAGAUAGACAAGGGUUAUAUGUCACCGCACUUCAUAACAAACCAGGAUAAAUCAAUUGUUGAGUUUGAGAAUGCUAAAGUUCUUGUAACUGAUCAAAAGGUGACUAAUGUGAGAGACAUCGUGCCAUUGUUGGAGAAAACCACUCAACUUAGUGUUCCGUUGCUAAUUAUUGCUGAAGACAUCUCAAGUGAAGUGCUCGCAACAUUGGUCCUUAACAAACUUCAAGGCAUAUUAAAUGUUGCGGCCAUCAAAUGUCCUGGAUUUGGGGAAGGCAAGAAGGCCCCCCUGCAAGAUAUUGCUCUCAUGACAGGUGCAGAUUUUCUUGCUAGUGACCUAGGCUUGAUGCUUCGAGAUGUAACUUCAGACCAGCUAGGUAUCGCACGGAAGGUGACUAUAACAAGUAAUUCAACAACGAUUGUUGCUGAUCCAUCUAUGAAAGCUGAGAUACAGGCAAGAAUAUCACAGAUAAAGAAAGAUCUGACUGAAGUAGAUAGCUCCUACCUACGAAAGAAGCUGUCUGAGAGGAUAGCAAAACUUUCAAGUGGCUUUGCUGUCAUCAAGGUAGGGGGGUUAACUGAAGCUGAACUCGAGGACAGGAAACUUAGAAUGGAGGAUGCAAAGAAUGCAACUUUUGCUGCCAUGGAUGAGGGUAUAGCACCAGGAGGCGGGGCAACAUACGUGCAAUUAUCAAAGCAUAUUUCCACCAUAUCGGAUCUGUUUGAAGACCCAGAAGAGAAGAUUGGUGCUGAGAUUGUUGGAAAGGCACUUCUUGUACCGGCUUAUUUGAUAGCCCAAAAUGCAGGGGUCGACGGUUCCAUUGUGGUGGAAAAACUUCUUGAUAGCGAUUGGAGAAAUGGUUACAAUGCAAUGACCAAUGAGUUUGAGGAUCUUCUUAAAUCAGGUGUGGUGGAUCCAUGCAGAGUUUCGAGAUGUGCUCUUCAGAACGCCGCCUCGGUAGCUGGAGUUGUGCUAUUGUCCCAAGCUGCCAUGGUUGACAAAAGAAGAAAGCCCAAGCCUGCUGUUCCUCUGGUUCCUGGAAUUUCUCCGUAGCUACAGAGCGGUCUGAAACCGAGAGGCAGCUCCUGAACCGGUCGAAGGCUGCAGUUCCUUUCCGCCACGACGACAACUUGCUGCUUUUUAAGAGCACAACAAUAGUGUCGAAAACAUGCCUAGUCCAGUAGCAAGCCCUCCAAUGUUCUUGCUGCGCGUCAAAUGGCUCCAGCUUAGGCACGGUUGCUAUCAUUAUUACUUUUUAGGCAUAAUUUAGAUUGCUGAUGAGGCCCGUGUUAACUGUUCUUGGUAUGUAUUUAUGUAUUACUAUGCUGCUAAAUUUCCUGCUGGAAAACCAUUAUCUUCUGUUAAAAGUCAGCAAUCUUUA